AUGGACAGCCCCGAGGAGCGCUCUGGGUGUCCUGCCCGAGGCGCCUGCCCUGUAUUCCUGGCCAUGAGCGCAGGGACUGUCCGCUAUGCCCCAUCGUGUCUCGCUCCUGCCCUUGAGGGGAACUUGAGAGAGGAGCCCUGGGACAGAGACAGCCAGCCCCAACCAGAUGAGGGCCACCUGCCGCCCCUCAAGGCUGUCCCCAUCCCCUGGAAGAGCGCGGGUCCCUGCAAAAACCUCAGGGAGUCCCCGGGAGGCCUGGAGGAGCCGUCUGUUGGGGAGGAAGCCCAAGGCGAGGAGGGCCCUGCAGCCGCCCGGCUGAACGAGUCGCGCCUGCGCAGCUCGUCCAUGGAGAUCCGGGAGAAGGGCUCGGAGUUCCUGAAGGAGGAGCUGCACAGAGCCCAGAAGGAGCUGAAGCUGAAGGAUGAGGAGUGUGAGCGGCUGUCCAAGGUGCGGGAGCAGCUGGAGCGGGAGCUGGAGGAGCUGACGGCCAGCCUGUUCGAGGAAGCCCAUAAGAUGGUGCGGGAAGCCAACAUGAAGCAGGCGGCAUCAGAAAAGCAGCUGAAGGAGGCUCGGGGCAAGAUCGACAUGCUGCAGGCCGAGGUGACAGCCCUGAAGACACUGGUCAUCACAUCCACACCGGCCUCCCCCAACCGCGAGCUGCACCCCCAGCUGCUGAGCCCCUCCAAGGCCGCGCCGCGCAAGGGCCACUCUCGCCAUAAAAGCACUAGCAGCACCCUCUGCCCCGCCGUGUGCCCUGCCGCGGGGCACCUCCUCGCCCCGGACAAGGAGGGCAAAGAGCCCGGGCUGGCCCCCCUCCUCUCCCUGCUCCUGUGUGUGAUCCCCAGCAAGGCGGUUCACCUCACCUAUGAGCCGGCCUGGCAGCUCCCGCCCAGGGAGCCACCCGCAGCCCCCACCUCUGCUACCUCUCUCUCCUUUUCCCGACAGGUGGACACCACUCUGUUUGCAGAGUUCCAGGCCUGGCGGGAAUCACCCACCCUGGACAAGAGCUCCCCCUUCCUGGGCAGGGUGUACCGGGAGGACGUGGGGCCCUGCCUGGACUUCACCAUGCAAGAGCUCUCCACGCUGGUCCGGGCCGCCGUGGAGGACAACACGCUCACCAUCGAGCCCGUGGCCUCGCAAGCGCUGCCCGCGGUGAAGGUGCCGGCAGUCGAGUGUAGCAGCACCAACACCUGCGCGCUGAGUGGGCUGGCCCGGGCCUGCCGCCACCGCCUCCGGCUGGGGGACUCGGAGAGCCUCUACUACAUCUCGCCGUCCUCCCGGGCCCGGGUGAGUCCGUCAUGCCGUGUGGCCUGGUCCCUGGCUGUGACCCACGCGAGGCUUCCCCCCCGCCCCCGGUGCCUGGCUUGGCGGGGUCCCCCAGGGUCGCGUCAGGCGGCCCCAGCCUGCCCAUUCUGCCCACAGAUCACCGCCGUGUGCAACUUCUUCACCUACAUCCGCUACAUCCAGCAAGGCCUGGUGCGGCAGGACGCGGAGCUGAUGUUCUGGGAGAUCACCAGGCUGAGGAAGGAGAUGUCGCUGGCCAAACUCGGCUUCUUCCCUCAGGAGGCCUAGGACACGGCCCAGGCCGGGCUGGGGCUCUGAGCCAGAGCCAACACCUGCCCAGGACGGACGCACAGAAAGACGACGGGGUCCUGGAGCCGCCCGGAGCCUGACGCUGGACAGCUGGCUCGGCCAGGGAGGCUGCGCUGAGCCGUCCCCCGGCAUCCAUCCUAAGACGCACAGAACCUCGUGCGGCGACUCUUCCCUGGGGUACUAGGAGCCGCCAGGAGACUUCCAAGAAGCACCAGAGACCGAGAAUGUGGAGCCGCACGCAGGGCUCAGCCCUUGGGGGGACCGUGAGGCAGCCAGCACCCGCCCCCCUUCCUGGAGCUGCCUGUAGGUGCCUUGUUGCUGUGGAUCCUCAGAAAGGGAGCGUUCUUGGUAGCCAGAUCCCCAGGGAAGCCCCAACCCCAGUUCCCAAGCCCUGGGCCGUCAGCACCCCGUUGUGGCCGUUCUACAUCCUGUUCCCAGGUUACCUCCCCAUUGGGCAGCAGGCUCCGGGGCCUUCCUCCACACCAACCUGUGUCUGCGUAGAGCCACCCAGAACAUUCUCAAGAAGGAUCAGGGUCCCUUUCCCCUCCCUCGCCCAUCUGAGCCCAGUGCUCCUCGAGGCCGCACCCCCAACCCUUCUGGAAGGAGGAGGACACUUUGCUCCAGCAUUAAGACCCAGAUGGGGCCUCUGGACGCCUGUUCUCAGCUGUGGGUGAUCACUUGGACAUCGGGGGCUCUGUCUGCCAAGCCCCAGACACAGAACCGGGGUGAGGCAGGCAGGACCUGGACCCCUCCUCACCCUCACACUCACUGGAGACUGGGGCCCAGCCUGGACACAUCGCUCACCACCUCCGAUUUCCUCCUUUGAGUAGAAUGCAACGCGAUCUCUAUUUAAUAAAAGGAGACUUU